AUGCAAGUCCUGUGCAGCCUGCUGCUGCUGCUGGCUGUGGCCGGCCAGGCCCAGGCGGCCAGCCGCGCCCGCUUCCUGGGCCAGAAACAGCAGGCCAGCACCCCCUCCAGCGAGCAGAGCGUUGGGGCUCCCGCCGCCGAGCCCAACGUCACCGCCUUUGACGGCCAACACAGCUUUGGGCUGGGCACUGUGGCCGCUGCUGCCGCCAGCGCUGCCGCCGGUGCGGGCCCCGUGCCCUGGCUGCCGUCUGUCCUGUUCUCGGGCGACGGAACUGCCUUCAGCGAGGCUGUGCCCAACACCGGCAAGGGCUUUGCCUGCUCCUACCGCUACCUCAACGACUGGGCCUCCACCCACUUUGCCGCCAUCAACCGCCCCAUGUGGGAGAAUGGCGACGCGUGCGCCCGCUGCCUCACGUGCGUGGCCGAGCGCUGCGCCACCCGCAGCAAGCGUGUGCAGGUCAUGGUCACGGACCUGUGCCCAGAGUGCAAGCAGGGCGACGUCGACUUCUCCAUCCCUGUGUACCGCGACAUCACCGGCAUGUGGCCCCACCGCCUGGCCAUCCAGUGGGAGUGGAGCGACUGCUCCUCCAACAUCGAGGGAGACAUCCACCUGGCGCCCAAGUCGGUGACGCUGAAUGGCAAGCCACUGGACCGCAACGAGUUCCAGUUCUGGGUGCACGCUGCACCGCUGGCAGACGGCCCGGCGGAGUUUGUGUUUGAGGCGGUCAACGGCAAGAAGGUGCAGGGGCGCUGCGACAAUCCGCAUAAGGAGCAGAGCCUGCCCAACUUUGAGUGA